GUUUCCUGGGCUGUUGUGCAGUAGAAGGCCUGAGGCGCAUUGUAUUAGUGGCCUAAAAAAAGCCUUAUAAUGUCACCAGAAAUACAAGCACAGUUGAAAAUCCUGCACGUCUGCGGCUCAGCACAUCAAAACGAUAUCAGUUAACACCUCUGGAUCUUUAUCAGGAAGUCCAACCGAAUUUCACCAAAAUGUACUCUCAAACACGCGCACGCGCACACAGUUGACAGGUGAAUCCGCUGUUGAUUGAUGCAAGCAAAUGAUGUUUUCCCCCCUGUCGUUUCAGAUGCAAAAAUGUUGCCACAGCGUGAAAACAACACUGUUCUGCAAAGCACAAAUUACUUUUGCUGUCAACCGCUCCGAGCCAAUCAAGUGCUGUUUUGGAUAACUUUUAUAGGUUUACAUAAAUAGCCUAAGACCUUACUGAAUAAAAACUGUCGUCCCAGACGGAAAAAAAAUCGUGGAAUAAUUUCAAAAUGAUUUCGGGUGAUAUCAGCAUUUUAAAGACGUUUUUUUUUUUCUCCAAACAUCCUCAUGAACAAUGAGCUCAAACCGUUCCUGCAGUCACUCUCCGUCGCCGCGUUUGCCUGAUACGCAGCGCCUCCCCAACUGGUCCCUCACUUUGACAAAUUCCUGGACGUGAGCGGGUCUGCUGAAUGGCUUCUUGCUCGUAAAGAAGAUAUCUUGAAUAUUUUAGAAGUUGAAUAGCUCUGCUACAUCUUUUUUUACCACCACAGGUAGACUAUUAGCUUGGAAGAACACAAUGGGACUGUGGUUAUUUUCGAGUUUUUCUCUUUUGGCUUUCGUAUUGUUGUACCCCUUUCACCCCAAGUUUGUGGCUCAAGCGGAAAUAAGUUCUCCCAGAACAAACGACAGAUCUUAUCGCCUGGAGGUAACAUCGCUGGAGGCACGUGUAACCCGAAAAUCAACGGAGGUCAAAGUCUCACUCAAAGUCGACAAUAGCGUAAAAGUUUUAAGCACUUUUGAAACGGAAGCAGCCGGUGCUUUGAAACCGAACAAUGGUAGCCAAGUGGGGUAUGAAACACAGAGUGGACUUGGAAAUAAGGCACCGAUCGCCAUCAAAACGGCACCAAACUAUCAAAACCGUGUCAAAAUACCUGGUAAAGAGUAUGGUAACAUUUCCGAGGACAACCAAAGGCGACCUCCAGCCAACAUAAUGUUAGAAAACACAUUUCCUGACACAAGAGAGAGGGCAAAAAGGAGCGUGGGUACAACAUACACCGAAAAUGUGGAUAGGAGCAUUAGUGGAGAAGCUCAGUCAAGACAGAGGUUUAUGGAGACUGUGCAAGGUGUUUCCAACUCCAGAGCCGAGUACCGGCGCACUGGGGAGGAAGCCAGAGGGUCUAACCCGAGGCAAAGCGAGCCGCACCUGGACACUUCUACUUUUGCUCUGUCGGGAGACUCGGCACACAACCAGGCGAUGGUUCACUGGUCCGGACACAACAGCAGCGUGAUCCUGAUCUUGACUAAGCUGUAUGACUUCAACCUGGGGGCCGUUACUGAGAGCUCACUCUGGAGAUCCACUGAUUAUGGAAGCACCUACACCAAACUCAAUGACAAAGUGGGUUCAAGGACAGUUUUAAGUUACCUGUACGUCUGCCCUACCAACAAACAGAAGAUAAUGAUGCUUAGCGACCCAGAGGUAGAGAGCGCUGUUCUCAUCAGUUCAGAUGAAGGGGCAAGCUUUGAGAAGCAUCUCAUUAACUUCAAUAUCCUGAGCCUGCUCUUCCACCCUGCACAGGAGAACUGGAUGCUGGCUUACAGUCAUGACAGCAAGCUGUACAGUUCAAUGGACUUUGGGAGGAAAUGGCAGCUUGUUCACGACAACGUGAUGCCAGGCCGAUUCUACUGGGCGGUAAUGGGGCUGGACAGAGAAUCAGAUGUGGUCCACAUCGAGACGCGCAUUGCAAAAGGCCGCGCCCAAUACGUGAAGUGCAGAGCCCAGCGAUGCACAGAUGGCAACAGGCAGUACCUCUUUCCUGGACAUGUAGACACCAACUCACUGGUUGUGCAGGAUGAAUAUGUUUUCACACAGGUAACCAAGUCAGGACGAGCCAGCUACUUUGUCUCCUACAUGAGAGAAUCCUUCAAGCGGAUGAAAUUACCUAAAUAUUGUCUACCAAAGGAUAUGCACAUUAUCAGUACAGAUGAGAAGCAGGUAUUUGCUGCAGUCCAGGAGUGGAAUCAGAACAACACUUACAGCCUGUAUAUCUCAGACUCCCCUGGUGUCUACUUUACCCUUUCAUUAGAGGAUCUGAGAACCAGCAGAGGACCUGCCGGUAACCUACUGGUUGACUUUUAUAAGGUUGAGGGGAUAAAUGGCAUGUAUCUCGCCAACAAACUUCUGGACAGUCAUGUCAAGACUUUUAUCACAUACAACAAGGGACAAACAUGGGCCCUGCUGCCAGCUCCUGCCACUGAUGUGGCAGGAAAUAACCUUCACUGCAUCCUGCCAUUUUGUUCGCUGCAUCUUCAUCUGGAGAUGUCGGAGAAUCCCUACACGUCCGGACCCAUCACCAGCAAAAAGUCUGUACCAGGAAUCAUUGUGGCUACAGGGAAUAUCGGAACAGAGCUGUCCUCCACCAACCUUGGGAUGUUUAUAACAUCUGAUGCAGGAAAUAGCUGGAGACAGAUUUUCGAUGAAGAGCACAACGUUUGGUUUCUUGACAAUGGAGGGGCCAUGCUGGCAGUCUUACAUGCAGCGACACCUAUUCGACACUUAUGGAUCAGUCUAGACGAAGGAAAGAAAUGGGACCGUCACAGUUUCUCCUUGGCACCUCUAUAUGUGGAUGGAGUUUUAAUGGAGCCAGAAUCUGACAAUCACAUUAUCACUUUCUUUGGACACUUCAGCCAUCGAUCAGAGUGGCAGCUGAUCAAGAUCGACUACAAGGGCCUCUUUAGCAGGAGAUGCAUGGAUGGAGAUUAUCAGACAUGGCACCUUCACAACAAGGGAGAGCUGUGUGUGAUGGGCGAGAAGCAGAUCUAUAUGAAGCGCAGGCCAGGCAACCGUUGCAUGCUGGCCCAGGAUUAUUCAAGGAUCUAUUCCUCAGAGCCAUGCCUUUGCACAGCUUAUGAUUUUGAAUGUGAUUAUGGGUGGGAACGCCAGGCGGAUGGGAAAUGCUCCCCUGCUUUUUGGUUUAAUCCAAAUGGUGCGGCUAAAAGCUGCAGCACCAGCCAAAGCUUCCUUAACAGCACAGGGUAUCGGAAGGUUUUGUCCAAUAACUGUAAGGAGGGAGGGAAGAAUGUGUACUCGCCCAAGAGGCAGGCAUGCCGUCCCAGCCCACCCCGAGGCCUCCGGCUAUCCAUCAGUCAAGGAGAGUUCAGUGCCACUGUUGGAAGCAACGUUACUUUCAUGGUUUACCUGGACAAUGGAGACUCGCUGAGGACCAGCAUCCAGCUAGACUUUGGGGACGGCAUCAAGAUCACAUACUCUAACCUGAGCAGGACUGAUGAUGGCAUCAAGCACAUCUACAGAACGACUGGGAUUUACAGAGUGACAGCUUCUGCUGAAAACAGCUACGGAUCUGACAGCAGUACACUGUUUUUACACAUCACCAGUCCAGUGGAGCGUGUAUAUCUCUCCGCUCCUAUUGUAGCCAUCAGAGGGAAGGAGGCUAAUCUGACUGCGGUGGUUUGGCCGAGUCACACCAGAACAUUGACCUUCUUCUGGUGGUUUGACAACAGCUCGGAGCCCAUUAUAACCUUGGAGGGAAGCAUAUCAUACACGUUUCAGACAGAGGGGAAAAACAAGGUUACGGUCCAGGUUGCUUCUGGGAGCACCAUAAUGCAGGAUUCAAAAGUUAUAACUGUUAAAGAGUUCUUCAGGUCGCUGCUUUUGUCGUUCUCGCCAGCUCUUGAUGAGCACAACCCUGACAUCCCCGAGUGGAGGGAGGACAUAGGGCGUGUGGUGCGGACAGCUCUGUCACAGGUGUCUGGGGUUCCUGAUGAUCAGCUGCUGGUGUCUUUGUACCCUGGACUUCCAACUACAGCAGAGCUCUUUAUCCUACCUGAUGAGCAUACAUCAAGUGAGCACAAGAGAAGGAGUGAGGAGGCUCUGGAGACGAUAUCAGAUAUUUUUGUCACUGCCCUGAACCAAGGCCUGAUCCAGUUUGAGCUGAAAGCUGAUAUUCGCAUUAUUGUAUACAUGACUCAGCAAACUUUGGCGCCGCUUGUGGAUUCAAACUCCAUCCACAGUGGGUCGGCCAUGCUGAUGCUGCUCGCUGUGGUAUUUGUUGGUUUAGCGGCAUUCUUCAUCUACAAGUUCAAAAGGAAAAUCCCUUGGAUCCAUGUUCAGACUGAGGACAGUCAUGAGAAGGACUCGGAAGUGAUCAGUACAGUCGGUCAGAACGACAACAUGUCCAAGGUCAAGCUCAGUGAGUUUUCCUCUCCAAAAGAACUCAUGGAAAAGGAGCUAGAGGCCAGGAACAGAGGAAGAAUUGGAAGAAAUAUGGAGAGAAUUGUUACAAGGGAAUUUCCAAACUGUACAAAUGUCUAAGACAAGCGCUCUGUCACUGAAUGAUGGUACACAACAAAAAUAUAUGGAUAUAUGGACAUGAACGUCUGGCCUUAGAAGUGGAAAUACUGAAAACUUGUACAUGGAAUGUAAAUCUAUACAGUAGCUUCAUCCUACUUUAUUGUAAAGUCAACUCACUGAACAAGCAGUAAUAUGUUUCCAUGACCUUCAAGUCUCACAACAAGCUGUUUGUCCUCUUUAUUUUAUUUUUUACAGUAGCAUGCCCUAAUUAUCUGUGAUAAAAGACUCAAGUCUAUAUUAGGGUGAGCGAGUACUGUGUAUAUAUCAUGGUUGGUUUUAAAGUUUACUUGACACAUUAAACUAAUUAUUAAACACCUUGUCUAAUAGUCUAGUUGUGCAAUUGCCAAAAGUUGUGCAUGAUCUAUGAUAUUGUUCAUUAUGUUGAUGAUAUAAGAACCGUCUUGUUUUGAAUCAUAUUUCUUACUGUGAACAAAUUGACAUUUUAAAAUUGUUCAAAAUAAAUGUAUUUUUAUAUGAAA